AAUUUAUUUUUAUCAUUCCCCCGAUUGGGUUCGCCGUAUCUGCGAUAGCCGGGCCGAGCCUCCACCAUCGCGAUUUACGUCAGAACAAAUAACAAAACUACAUAAAAGUACCGUUGCCGCAGUUGUGUUAGAAGUUCCAUCAGAGGCAAGUUUGUAGUUAAAGGAGAUAAUGUCGGUGUCUUUAAGGGGGCUCAGUAAGCUGGGGGGCGCCCUGUCGCCUCUCAAAAUGGUCUCAGGUUCCGGCAGAACCUAUUUCACGUAUGUGAACGAACCCGCCCAAGUUAUUAAGGGCAAAGAACCCAAAUGGGUCUCCGCCGAGGAGGCUUUUCAAGACCUUAAGUCAGAUCAAACAGUAUUUGCCCAAGGGGCGGCAGCUACUCCGGUGGAUCUGCUUACAGCAAUGACCGAAGUAGGCAAGAAGAAAAACUUGAAGAAUGUCACUGUAUGUCACAUGCACACUGAAGGACCCGCCGCUUAUACAGAUCCUUCGUGUGAAGGGAUAUUUAGGUCAUUUUCCUUCUUUAUGGGAGGUAAUGUGAGAAAAGCAGUGGCAGAAGGUCGAGGAGACGCCGUUCCAAUCUUCUUAUCAGAGAUCCCCCAGUUGUUCUACAAAGGUAUCGUUAAACCGGACAUUGCCGUGAUCCAAGUUUCUCCACCAGACGAGCACGGUUUCUGCAGUUUGGGCACCAGCGUGGACUGCGUUAGGGCGGGCAUGACACAUUCCAAAAUCAUCGUAGCACAAGUAAACCCGAACAUGCCAAGAACCUUCGGUGACGGAAUAAUCCACAUCAGUCACGUCGAUUACGCGGUGAAAGUGGACACACCGUUACCCAGUCACGGGGCCAAAAAACCCAGCGAGGUAGAAACACAGAUCGGUAAGAAUAUCGCUCAAAACCUGGUCGAAGACGGUGCAACGUUACAAAUGGGCAUCGGAUCGAUUCCGGAUGCGGUUCUAUCCGAACUGAUCCACCACAAGGACUUGGGCAUCCAUUCGGAGAUGUUUGCCGGUGGUGUGAUCGAUUUGGUCAAUCGCGGUUGCAUUACCAACAAUAAGAAAACGAUUCACAAGGGCAGGAUCGUGGGAUCUUUUCUUAUCGGCACGCAGGAACUGUACGAUUUUGUCGACAAUAAUCCGCAGAUUGAGAUGUUGGUCGUCGAUUAUGUCAAUAAUACUGGCAUCAUUUCGAGAAAUCCACGUAUGACGGCCAUAAACUCCGCAAUCGAGGUGGAUCUUACCGGGCAAAUUGUCUCGGAUUCGAUCGGGACCCGCAUGUAUUCCGGAUUCGGGGGACAAGUCGAUUUUAUCAGGGGGGCUGCCGAAGGUUUCGAUGGAAAAGGAAAACCGAUUAUCGCCAUGCCUUCCAUUAGUAAGACGCACAGCAAAAUCGUACCGUGCAUUAAAGAAGGUGCUGGUGUCGUAACGACAAGGGCCCACGCCCACUACGUGGUAACCGAAUACGGGAUCGCCUACUUGUUCGGCAAGUCGAUAAGACAAAGGGCCCACGCCCUAAUUAACAUCGCCCAUCCUGACCAUCGGGAAAAUCUGGAGAAAGCCGCCUUCGAACGCCUUAAAUGCAUGCCGUCGCCUUAAAUUAUACUCAACUGCCUCACCUCCCCGAUUUACUUUUUCAAUACUUAAGCAGCAAUAACACCGGACGAGUUAAGUUUCUUUUUUUGUUUUUUAAAGAAGUUUUUCAGGGCUAAUUAAUAGCCUGAAGAAAUAUACGCUGUUAGGUUUUAUAAAAUGGUUAUUAAGCAAUUAGCCUCUAGUUUUAUAGUGAUAUACGUAAGUCUAAAAGUCGGUUGCCUCAUAUUUCUAUGUUUUCAAUAAAUAAUAACAUGUUUGUAUAGAA